ACAUUUUUUAAGGUUAUCUUUUUUUUUUCCUUUUUUUUUAAAACUCAGAACUUAAGUAAUUAAAGUAAUUAGAAAUAUUAUUAUAUAGAUCAGUGUUUUGACACUAUCGCGCUUGUUAAACGCAUUUCAUUAUUGCCUGGUUUCAGCACCUGACAAAAAAAAGAUCAGGAGAAAGAGAAUGGAAUAUCAAUCUCUUUGCAUUGCUACACUGCUAACAGUGUUUGCUGUAGUCUCAUCUCAGCAGCAGCCUCCAGCUACAGAUAAAUGUAUGGAAGAGUUCCAGAACGUCUUCAACCUGUGCAUCAACGAAGUGAAGCUUUCCCCUGGGAACGUCUUGUGGUUCAUUACUAACGGAACCAGCCCCAAAUCUGAAGCCCCGGCCAACCCCGAAACUUUCAAAACCCAAGUCUGCAGUGUACAGCAACCUAUGGGAGCAUGCAUCGUGGACAAACUCAACCCAGUUCUGAACUCAACCAUCUGCUCCGGAGCCUCUACUGGCACAAAUUACUUGGAGAUUGUUAGAAACCAGCUGGGACUUCUAUUUAGUACAUACGACUCCAAAUGUAUGCAUGCCUGUAGAAGUACUUUGAUCACUGACAUUCGAGAAUGUUACUCAAGCAACGGUGUGGAUGGAAGCUUGUUCGCCAACAACGUCAGCAACGGAGCCGUCUUGGGCACAUCCCAAGUGGAGGUCAACAAAUUCUGUGGAGCCAAAGACAAAAUCGUGCCCUGCAUGCAAGCCAAAAUAGAUGCCUGCCCUGAAGCUCCUCAGAUCCUUCAAUCUGUUGGAGUUGAAUUCAACAUUUUUAAUAAAGUCGUCAAUAUUCUCUGUGCUCAUGGUUCAGCCUACCUGGACAGUCUGUCCUGUUUAGCCGGAGCUGCCAACAACGAGGGUGAUUGCCAGCAAAGACAUGCUCAAUCCUUGAUGCAACUAGACGUUGAAGCCAGACAGAACAACUGGUCUGAGGAAAGAUUCUUCCUAUCUUUCUGCAACCUCGCUUUGGAACAGAUCAAGUGUGACAUGGGCUCAUGGUCCAGGAAAAACCAUAAAUCUUGUUCCCAGCCUGGAGUUAUUGAGUUCAGAAAGAAAUUGGCUUGUGAGUUCCUGGCUCCUCAGUGCAAAGCAAACAAACCUCUGAUGGAGAAAGCUGGCAAUCCAUGCAGUGUUACGGAUCAAAAACCUGGUCGCCAAAACUAAGAAGACUUGAACCAUCAGGAACACAAUUUAGAAUCUAUUCAAAGUCAAUGUGACAUUACCUACAUUUUUCUUAACAAACAUCGGCAUUACAAAACUACAAACCCCUGGCUCUCCCCUUUCGCCCCCCAGCAAUGGAGAGGUCACUCCAUUUCUCGAGAUAUCGUUAUUGAUUUUUUUUUAUUGAACAAACUAAAUCUAUUUUUUUGAUUUACUUAUUAAAGGAUUACAAUAAGAAUAAGC